UUUUUUUGAAUGUUUGCUACCUAUAAUUUUAUACCAUACUGUAUUGUAUUCUAUUGUUUUAUCGAAUGAAGAUUGAAAAACGUACUUCAAACUUUGCAGCUAAUUCAACAAUUGAAUAUGGAAGAGUACCCUUCAUUCAUGACAUGUAUUCUAAAGAUUGAUAUUAACGCUGAUAGAUGGCAAAGGACUAUUGCCAAGGUGUUGAAAAACGUAGACGUGACAAAUUUUAGAAUGAACACGGAUGGGACAAUGGAGUUAUCGGGAACUGUGUAUCCAAAUAAAUUCUUGAAAAUACUAAAAAGAGCAAGGAAUAAAGCAGAGUUAUGUCAUUUGCAAUUUGGACAGUGUUCAACUAACUUGUUUUUACCUUCAAGGCCAAUUGAUUAUAGCAUUGGUAAUAAUAAAUUUGGAGUACCAAAUAACAUGUUGCUUUCUAGUUUUGUUGGACAAAUGGAAGAUAAUCAGACAGGUUAUUACGGAGGAAGAGAUGGUAGAUUUUUGCAUUACGGUGAUAAACCUUCACAAUCAAAAAAGUCAAAAAGUGAAAAGUCUGACGACCACGACCACGACCAUUACCACAAACACAAUCAUAACCACGUCCACGGACAUGAUCAUAACCACAACCACAAUCACGUUCACGGACAUGAUAAUCACAACGACAACGACAAUGACAGGAAAUUAGAGCAUGCUGCAGGGUGUAUCAAUGCUACAACUCAAAGGACAAAAGUGCAACUUGAUUCUGAGAAAGGGAAAGUAGAGACACUAAAGAGUCAAGGAGUUAAUAGUUGCUGUUUGAUGUGAUAAUUAAUCUAUUAAGUCA